AUGUCAAACGAGCAACUCAUUACUGUUACCUACCAAGGUCACAUAGCGAUCGUGACACUCAACCGACCCGAUAAGCUAAACGCUCUCAAUGGCGACCUGUACUACUUUCUAGCCGAGCGUCUACGCGAAAUCGACUCACGAGAAGAUAUCUUCAUUACUGUUCUGACCGGCACAGGUCGCUUCUUCUCUGCCGGAGCCGACGUAACAACCACACGUCCUGGCAACGGCGAUCUCAGCUCAGACGUGCGCCGCGAUCUAGUCAAGGGCUUCGUCGCAAAUAACGUCGACGUCACCCGCACCUUCUACAACCACUCUAAGAUCUUGGUCGUAGCCCUGAACGGGCCCGCUGUCGGUCUUUCGGCCGCAUUGGUUGCUCACGCUGAUUUCAUUUACGCUGCUCCCCACACAUUCAUCUUGACCCCCUUCUCCUCGCUCGGACUUGUCGCAGAAGGUGGCGCUAGUCGUGCCUUUGUCGAGCGUCUCGGAAUUGCAAAAGCAAACGAGGCGCUCAUUAUGAGCAAACGGAUUACAUGUGAUGAACUUGUUUCUACUGGCUUUGUGAAUAAGGUCAUCACAUCGGAGUCUGGGAAGAAUGAUGACUCUGAUGGGUUCUUGAAAAAGGUGCUUGAGGAGGUUGAUGAACGUCUUGGUACACAUUUGAACCAGACUAGUCUUUUGAAGAUUAAGGAACUUAUAAGACGGCCGGAGAGGGAGAUUUUGGAUCGCCAGAAUAGCCUUGAGGCGUUUAUGGGUCUCGAGCGCUUUUUGUUGGGAGUUCCGCAGGAAGAGUUCCGGAAGUUGGCAUCUGGGGAGAAAAGACACAAGCUUUAG